GGGUGUUUUCGGACUCGCCCGGUGAGCCAGAGGGCAGAGCGAGCGCAGCGGCUCUCAGCGCUCGAGACUAGCGCCAUUCAUCCGAGCGGACCGCGGGCACACCUGGUCGAACCGAAGAGAGCAGCUCCGACUCAAACAGCUCCACACAGCACCCGGGUUAAUCACUUGAGGAAUGCGGUGCCAUUAGGACGGGAGCCGAGAGCUGAAAGUUCAACUUAAAGUUCAUUUUCCACUAAACGUGCCGAACUUUUAUUAAAAAAGAAAAGGGAUAAUGGCCACAGGCGGGUUUAAGUCAAACGCCCCGACAGACUUUUUGGAGGAAUGGAAGGCAAAACGGGAGAAAAUGAGAGCCAAAAUGCUGGGGGACAUUGCCGCAGCGAGCGGUGCUCCCAUGGGUGCCGGAAACCCAAACAGCACCAGCAACAACAGCGGCCGCCACGCAGCUCCGCCGGGCACCGAGCUCACCAACAACGGCAACCCGGACCGGAGCGCCUCCACUGGGAACUGCCUCCCCUCCUCCUACUCUGUGGCUCGGUCCUCCUCCGGCACAGCUUUGAAGAGACCCGAGGAGGAAACGCACCACCCUGCUGCCCACCCUGCUGCCCACCCCGCUGCCCACCCCGCUGCACCCACAGCCACCCCGGGGAGCAACCUGAAGAAAGCUCCGCCUCAGAUGGAGAAGGCUCAGUGCGCUUCCCCGGACUCCAGCCCCAUGGCGUGCAAUGACAGUGACAAAGAAAGUCCAUCGCCCAGCAAAGCCAAGGAGAAGAAUAGCUCUGGUCCCAGUGCCAGAAAGGGGAAAGGACAGAUCGAGAAGAGGAAGUUGAGGGAAAAGAGGAGAUCAACAGGUGUUGUCAGCAUACCAUCCAACGAGAGCCUGGAUGAGCUGGACGAUGACGACACAGGGGAGAAGAACCGGAGGGAGGAGGAGGAGCUAGUUCAGGCCAACACUUUCCAGAACGAGGCCAUGACAGCUGACCCUGCCACCGGCCACUUAAUGGAAACCCCCAGAUCUGGGAGCGGCCGCCACAAGAGCUCUGCAGGGCCAGGAUCUGAAGAAGAGGUGGGUGGAGGGAACAGCAGACAACGGCACAACCGUCACAGCAGAGAUGGAGGAGCUGCAGCUCCAGGAAGUUUGGAGAAAAGGAUGGAGGAGCUGGAGAAGGAGCUGGCCAGAGAGCGUCAAGAGAACGUCAGGUUGUUGAAGGCCCACCAGGACAAAGACGACCUCAUCGGGAAGCUGAAGGAGGAAAUUGACUUGCUGAACAGAGACCUGGAUGACAUUGAAGAUGAGAACGAGCAACUCAAACAGGAGAACAAGACUCUGCUGAAAGUGGUGGGUCAGCUGACGAGGUAGAACCACCCUCAACGAACAACCCAGCGCCUCCCCUUCUCCCCCCUCACGCGUCUCCCUUCUCUCCUUUCUCCUGAACUCCCACCCUGGGUCAAGUCCAGCAGCAUGGCCUUUUCUCUGUUUGAUUCUGUCUGUUAGAGGUGAAACUGUAAAGUAGUCGUCCUCGGCCUCUCAGCCUUAAAUACGCCCCCUCGAGGAGGAUUUAUCCCGUUUGUUGUGAAAGCCAAGCGAACUAGGGGCUAACGUUCUCCUGUCCUGACAAUCUCAUGGGGAUUGUCUGUCAUCGUAUACAUAUUUAAUGUAAAUUUAUUGUAUAUAGGCCAUUUAGAUUGUUCAUGUUUUUGAUUUUUUUUUUUUUGAUAAGGUCUUAAAAAGCAAAAGUUAAAUGAAUGUAUGUGCUGCACAAAACAAGCGCGCACAAAAUCUUUUAAAAUCUUGUUUAGAGGUUAAAAUAAGUCUCUACGUCAGCGCACACAGCAGCCACCCAGGUAAAUUUCAAAAAAGAUCUCCAGUGUUGCAGUGUUUGAAUUGAGUCUGAUUGCAGUUUCAUUAGUGAACGUGUGUGACGAUGGAGCUUCUGUUGAGGAACUCUUGGACCAAAUUCAACAUAAUUACUGCUACAGUACCAUCAGCCAAAGUAGGCAUCAUGCCUUGCAAUGCGUGUGAGAUUUUUUUUCUUUUUUUGUCAAUUCUUAAAAAAUAGUUCAAGCCUGGUGCUUUAUUAAUGAACAUUCGUGUCAGAUUAACUAACUCCGAUCAUUUCUUGAUACAUUUGAAUCCUAAUAGGGCGUCCACAAACAUUAAUACAGAAAAUUCUGUUUUUAUAAUAUUUCCAAUUAAAAUGAUUUCACAAGCAAGACUCUAUACCAAUUAUAUGCUUCGCGCAUUUCAAAAUUAACAUCUGAGUAUUACUUGUCCUUGAUGAAAUGUUUCAGGGUCCAACCCUUGUCUAGUAUAUAUGUGGGUUCUUUUUUAAAAAAGCAUUUUGCUCUCUGUAAUUCGUUUACAAGUUAUGUCUUUGCAAUAUUUGAUAGACGUUUAGCUGCUCUGUUUAUGGCAUCUAAGAUGUGUGGAGUGAGCUACAGUGCAUUUUUUUUUGUAUGACAACCAAAUGAACCGAAGGAACAUACUAUUUGAAAUGCAUCUCUUUUGUUUACUCAAGGGAACAGGGCUUGGCUGGUAGUGGCAUUUUACUUUUCUGUAUUUAGUAUUAGACAUUUUAUUCCACUGGGGAGCUGCUCAGUGAGCGUCGCAAUUAAUCUAUAGGUUUUAGCCCGUCGAUAGAUAAAUCUGCUUCCACGUACAUUCACGUAUUUUGGGGUUAAAGAUCAUCCCCUCGCAGACAGACAUCACAGACCCAUCUCUCUUCCCAUUACAUUAUGCAUGUACAGAAGAUUAAGACAUUUAAUAAAAGUUUGAUUAUCUCUCUCCUCA